AUGAUUUUAUAUUUAUUAUUUUAACUAAUUAGUGCCUAUGUGAAGAUCGAUUUGCAUAAACCCAUGCCUCACCAUUAUAAUAGGCACCUGAGAAAUGAUCUAUUGAUCAAUAAUUUCAAGAACACUCAAUACACUGGGAUUAUCAAAAUAGGGGAAUAGGAUCUUGAAUUGCUCUUUGAUACAGGUUCCUCAAUUUUUUGGGUAUUUUCAAAUACGUGUGCCUCAUAAUCGAAGAAAGCCUCCUUUGAUUGCCAAUCAAGUCCCAAUUGUUUAAUGACCAAAGAACAAUAUAAUGUCUAGUAUGGAUAGGGGGAAAUAAGAGGUAACAAGGCCUUUGAUCAGUUACAGAUAUCUAAUUUGACGGUCUCCAACUUCCAAUUCCUGAUAGUGAAUUCACAAUCAAAUUUAGACAACUUGAGAGCUGAUGGCAUUUUGGGUUUAGGUUUGCAAGAAUAAUUUGGAUUCAAUUCCUUAAUCAACAUGCUGUAUGAUCAACAUUUGAUCAAUAAGAGGAUGUUUACAUUCUACUUGAAUUCAAUACCUGAAUAAAUCAAUAAUUCAUCUGCUUUGUUCCUGGGUGGUUAUGAUACUCGUUACAUGAGUUCCGAAGUUUAAUAUGUUAAAUUGGAUAAGACCGAUUCUUGGUCAGUAAAACUAAACACUAUUUAAAUGAAUAAUAAAGUUCUAAUUAAUGAUGUGUCGGCAUUGAUUGACACUGGAACUUCUUUGAUUGUUGUACCAACUCAUCAAUUUACUUAAUUAUUAUCUAUUUUAAGAGAUGAAUACAAAUAGUUUUGCCAAUACUCUCAAUACCAAAUAAAAUGUUCAUGUCCAGAUGGGGAUUUUUCACAUUUCCCUGAUUUUGAAUUCAGUUUGGAGGGUGAGUUGAAAUUGGUAUUGAGUCCUCAUGAUUACAUUUACAUGGAUGUGUCAGUUUGUGUGUUAUCGUUUACAAAGAGUUCUAAUAAUUACUGGAUAUUGGGGGAUACUUUCAUAAGAAAACAUGUAACUGUGUUUGACAUUGACAAUAAGCAAAUUGGGUUUGCUAAGUUGGCUACAUUUGAGAAAUAGAGUAAAUAAAUUUAGAUAAAUGAUUAUUUGUAUAUAUUCAAGGUGGUUUGUGUGUGCAUUUGUGUGGCGAUCGCAUCGAUAUGGAUAAUUAGACAGGUGAGUUGUUUGGGUGAGGCAAGUCAUGAAAUGAAUAAAUGA